AUGGUCUCAUUUUUAAAAAUUUAUAAAAGCCCUAGCAAUUCACCAAUAAUAGUGGUUGUCAGGGCUACUGCUGAUGGUGGUGGUGGUAGUCAUGCUGCUUUUUGUCUGAUUGUGGUUGUCGAGAAGGUGAUAGUCGUGCGGGAGGCCGCAUGUGUGUUGGUGUUCACGUGGGUGGGUGCGAAGAAUGGUGGUGGUUGGUGGAGGAAAACAAUCACACGUUUGUGGAAUGAUGUCAAGAAGCAGAUGACAAACAAGACCACAGUGAUUAACCUCAACAGUAAGAGAGGGGGCAGAGAAGCAGCAAACAAAAUCAAAUUCGAUGAAGAAAAAUUUAAGGCCAUUAAAUAUGAACUCAAGGGUACUCAGCAUUCAGUAGCAAAGCAGAUGGACGUGUCACAAUCAACAGUGUGUAGGUGGAAGAGGAACAAAGUCAUAAGAAGGCACACAAACGCAAUCAAACCGACUUUGAAUGAAAACAACAGGUUACACAGGUUAAGCUUUGCAUUAUCUAAAUGUGAAUAUGAUGAACAAAGUGAUGCAUUCAAGUUUAAGCCAUAUACUAAUGUUGUUCACAUAGAUGAAAAACACUUCUAUCCAACCCGAGAGACACUGAGUUAUUAUCUAGCUCCGGGUGAAGAGCCAGCAAAAAGAAGCUCAAAGAACAGGAAAAAGGGCGAGUUGGAAACAAAACCAAUACAAUCAAUCACAAAAGAGCACAUUAGAGCAAUGCUUAUCACUAAUAUGCUGCCAACCAUAAGAGCAAAAUGGCCUGCAGGAUUGUCAAAGCAUAUUUACAUUCAACAAGACAAUACCAAACCGCAUAUAGCACACAAUGACAGAGAAUUUUUAGAAGAGGCAAUGAAAGAUGGAUUUAAUAUACAAUUAGUGCAACAACCUCCAAAUUUCCCUGACAUGAACGUGCUAGAUCUAGAAUUACUUAGGGCUGUGAAUAAUGCAUUUCAGAAUCUAAGUCCACAAUGUUUAAGGUUUGUAUUCAACACUUUACAAGCUUGCAUGAUAGAGGUCAUGAAAAGACAAGGGGGGUUUGACUAUCACAUUCCUCACAUGAACAAAACAAAGGCAGCAAGGGAAGGGACUUUACCAGAUUACCUGAGUAUUGACAAACAAUUGGUUGUUGAUUCACUUCAACAUUUAUUCACAAAGCUAAGUACAGAAAAAAUGAAUCAGCUUGUGGAACUGAUUGGCUAUGCAGGGGGGAUUGAUCAAGGGGAUUUGAAUGUAGAAUUAUCAGAAAACAGCAACAACCAAUCUCAACGAAUUUCAGCAAGAGCAAUAGAAAUCAGCAUAUGA